GUUAACGGCGGACAGGAGCUUUGUCUUACUAGUACUCCGACGAGCAUUGCUGGCUCUGAUUAUGGUGGCAUUGAGUUCACUAAAGAAGACGUUGAGGCUCUGUUGAAUGAGAAGCUUAAAAGGAAGGAUAGGUUUAAUCUUAAGGAAAAAUGUGAUAACAUGGUUGAAUACAUUAAAAAGCUUAAACAAUGCAUCAAAUGGUUCCAAGAACUUGAAUAUAGCUACUUAUUAGAGCAGAAGAAGCUACAAGAUGAGUUGGAGUCCUCUGAGAUCAAGUUCAGUGAAAUGGAGAUGAUAGUGAAGAAGAAAGAGGAAGAAUUGAAUUCGAUUGUCGUGGAGCUUAGGAAGAACAAUGCUUUUUUGCAAGAGAAAUUCUCGAAAGAAGAAUCGGAUAAGUUGGCUGCAGUAGAAUCUCUCACCAAGGAGAAAGAGGUUAGGUUGAUCAUGGAGAGGUCACAGGCUUCAGCCUUUGAGGAGCUUGCAAGGGCCCAACGUGAGCUCUCGAGUGCGAAUCAAAAGAUAUCGUCUCUUAACGAAAUGUACAAGCGGUUGCAAGAUUACAUUACUAGUUUACAGCAAUAUAACGGCAAACUUCAUACGGAGCUUUCGACAGCUGAGGAUGACCUCAAACGCGUAGAGAAAGAAAAAGCUGCCAUGGUGGAGGAUCUCGGUAUGAUCAAGGGUGAACUUGCUCUAUCUAAAGCUUCUCAAGACGAAGCAGUAAAGCAAAAGGAUGCUAUGAUGAACGAAGUUACGUGUUUAAGAAGAGAAAUACAACAGGUUCGAGACGAUCGAGAUCGUCAACUAUCUCUGGUUCAGAAUUUGUCGGAUGAAGUAGAGAAGUGCAGGGAGUCUGCGGGAAAGUACUGCGAGGAGCUGAACGAAAUGAAGGAAAAAACAAAUGAAUUAGAGGCAACGUGUUCUUCACAAAGUAUCGAGCUAAGAACAUUGCAAAAUCAUCUAGCUGCUGCAGAAAACAAGCUGCAGGUCUCUGAUCUAACUGCGAUGGAGACGAUGCAUGAAUUCGAAGAUCAAAAGAGGCUCGUACGUGAGUUACAACAACGACUUGCCGAUGCCGAAAAUAAGCUUAUGGAAGGAGAGAAGCUUCGGAAAAAAUUGCACAAUACCAUCUUGGAAUUGAAAGGGAACAUUCGUGUAUUUUGUCGAGUACGACCUCUGUUACCUGAUGAACGUUCUAGUCCCGAAGGAAAUUUUAUCUCGUAUCCAUCGUCGGUGGAAUCUCUUGGACGAGGGAUUGAUCUCGUGCAAAAUGGACAAAGACAUUCUUUCUCAUAUGACAAGGUUUUCGCUCCAGAAGCUACACAAGAAGACGUCUUUGUAGAGAUUACCCAGCUCGUUCAAAGUGCCCUCGAUGGAUAUAAGGUUUGCAUAUUCGCCUACGGACAAACGGGUUCGGGAAAAACCUAUACGAUGAUGGGUCGACCAGGGCUCCUCGAGGAGAAGGGACUGAUACCUCGAUCGUUGGAACAAAUAUUUCAAACGAGACAAUCUCUUCAACUCCAGGGUUGGAAAUAUGAAAUGCAGGUAUCGAUGUUGGAAAUAUACAACGAAACGAUCUAUGAUUUACUAUCAACAAAUCGAUCAGCUCCGGUCGUGCUAAGAACUGAAAAUGGUUCUCCUAUAAAACCGUACGCAAUCAAACACGAUGCAAGUGGAAAUACUCAAGUUUCGGAUCUUACAGUCGUGGAUGUUCGUAGCGCUAGGGAGGUCUCGUUUCUAUUAGAGCAAGCUUCUCGGAGCAGAUCCGUUGGCAAAACCCAAAUGAACGAGCAAUCAUCAAGAAGUCAUUUCGUGUUCACUCUCAAAAUAUCCGGUAUCAACGAGAGUACCGAUCAACAAGUACAAGGCAUUUUGAACUUAAUCGAUCUUGCCGGGAGCGAGCGUCUUUCCAAGAGCGGGUCAACCGGAGAUCGACUGAAAGAAACCCAAGCCAUAAAUCGAAGUUUAUCGUCUUUAAGCGAUGUUAUAUUUGCUUUGGCGAAGAAGAAAGAACACGUUCCAUUUCGAAACUCGAAGCUUACCUAUCUUCUUCAGCCAUGUCUGGGCGGAGAUUCGAAGACGUUGAUGUUUGUAAAUAUCUCUCCUGAUUCGUCCUCGGCCAGUGAGUCACUCUGCUCGCUUCGCUUCGCUGCCCGGGUUAACGCUUGUGAGAUCGGUACUCCUCGACGUCUAACCAAUACUCAACCUUAAGAUUUAUGCUCGAGCUUUGCCGAAUCGAUGGUGAAAUAUGAGAAUGAUUCUGACUUAGGCUUAGUUGUGUAUAGCAAAAGAGAUCUGAUUGUAUUAAUGAAAGUAAGAUCUUUUUCCCCUUAA